AUGUCCACAUCCACUCCAGACCGCUACAAGCUCGUCUUCUUCGUCCCGACCGCCAACGCGGAGGCCUGUAAAGAAGCCAUCUUCGCCACGGGUGCAGGGUCAUUCCCAGGUGGGAAGUAUACCAAAGUCUGUUUCCAGACUGUUGGCACAGGCCAAUUUCUGCCCAACGAGGGGGCAGACCCGGCGGUAGGAGCUGUUGGUGCUUUGGAACGGUGCGAGGAAGUCAGGGUCGAGGUUAUGUGUCUCAGCCGGGGCAUUAUGCUGAAUGCAGUCGAUGCUUUGAUCUCGGCGCAUCCGUAUGAGGUGGUUGCUUAUGAGGUUUAUAAGAUGGAGAACGUUUAG